AUGGUGGCGACGGGAGAUGAUAUGCAGGUGUGUGGACCUGAGGCUCCUGUAAGUGUCUUUUUAAACCCCUGUGGCCUCAGCAAGCCGAGCAUCAUCCAGCGCACUCACACUUGCAUAUACUGGGAAAAGAAGAGAAGGCUGUCGUCGUAUUGUGAGCUCCGGCCUAAAGCAACGGUAGCAAUGGCCUCUGCGCAUCCCAAUCGACCCAGACCCCCCGCCAUGCUUCUACUAUUGGCGUUGCUGCACUUCUCUUUGGGUGCUAGCAAAAUCAAUUGCGCAACGCCCCCUGAUAACAGCACGGAUGUGCUCUGGCUGCAAGCUUUCAAGCAUGGGAUUACUUCUGAUCCCUCCGGAUGGUUCAGCUCUUGGAACUCCAGCGCCAACCACUGCAUGUGGCCGGGAGUGAGAUGCAGUCGUAAGCAUCCAGGGCGCGUGGUGGCGCUUCAACUCUUUGGCCUAUACCUAACUGGCCAAAUCAGCUCCUCCAUAGGGAACCUUACGUUCCUCAGAACCCUGAACCUGUCCAAAAAUAGCUUCUCUGGCCGGUUACCUCCACUGAACCAUCUGCAAAAGAUUCAGGUCCUUGACCUGAGCAGGAACAGGUUGCAUGAUAGUAUCCCAGAUGCAAUUACCAACUGUUCCAGCUUAAGGAAAAUACGCCUCACUACGAACUUCCUAGUUGGCGAAAUUCCUCCAAAAGUAGGUCUCCUCUCCAACCUCUCAGUUUUGGAUCUUUUCGCGAAUAACCUCAUCGGGAUCAUCCCGCCAAUGCUUGGCAACAUCACUAGCAUGCGAAGUCUUGUCCUUGCAGCCAACAAUAUCACUGGAAGUAUUCCUGAUGAACUUGGGAAACUAACAAAUAUGUGGAACUUGGCCUUAGGACAAAAUAUGUUGUCAGGUGGAUUCCCACGGUGUCUCUUCAACCUGUCUAAUUCUCUUCAAAUAUUAGGCUUGGGGUCGAAUAUGCUAAGCAAGGAAGUGCCUCCUAACAUAGGAGACGACCUACCAAAUCUCCAAAUGCUUGUUUUGUAUGACAACAUGUUUGAAGGUCAAAUUCCGGCUUCACUAGGCAAUGCUACAGGGUUAGAAUGGUUAGUAUUUAAAAAUAAUAAUUUAACAGGUAUGAUUGGAGAAUGGAUUGGGAAGCUAACACGGUUACAACGUCUUUACCUCCAAGCAAACAGCUUCAUUGGGCCAUUGCCAUCAUCCCUUGGCCAGCUUACUCAGUUGCGAUAUCUCACUCUAGGAAACAAUAAAUUUGAAGGCCCUAUACCACCCCUUGGCCAGCUUACUCAGCUGGAAGGGCUCAGUCUAGCAAACAAUAAAUUUGGAGGCCCUAUACCACUCCUUGACCAGCUUACUCAGUUGACAUACCUCAAUCUAGCAAACAAUAAAUUUGGAGGCCCUAUACCACUCCUUGACCAGCUUACUCAGUUGACAUACCUCGAUCUAGGAAACAAUAAAUUUGGAGGCCCUAUACCACCCACCUUAGGGAACUUGCAACAACUCUGGUAUUUAGACCUUAGCCAGAACAAUCUUGAGGGUAACAUACCUAUUCAGCUUGGCAGCCUUACGUCACUUUACAAACUAAACCUUUCGUCAAACAAGCUUACUGGGAAAAUUUCCUGA